AUGGCUAGUACUGAUCCCCCAUGCGCGAAGAAUGAUCCGGGCAUGGAGCCCAGAAAUGCUUUGAACGGGGAACCUACCUGGCCUAAGAACAGUCGCUACUUCAUCCCGUCCAUUAUGAACGUUGAUGCAGCUUUAGACCUGAUCGAAGAUGACAGUUGCUUUCCUCAAGAUCCCGAGCCGGGUCUCCCAUUGCAAUGCUUCGACCUCAGUAAUAACGGGGUUUUUCAUUUCCAAGUUGAUACUCGGGAAUCUAGUGCUAUGAUGAUCCUGGACCCGUCGGCAUUGGGACAUGGUUCCUCGAGGGUUCUGUUCCUCGAUCAGCGUCGUCGCUACUUCGAUGAGUCGACCCUCGUCGAGAUAGCAAUGCCCGUAAAAAGUUGGCUGGCGCUCUUAAGUACAUGCAUGGUCCCACCAACGGCCCUGGAACUCCUCCAUGAAAAUAACGGAGCGAGCUUCCAGCACGUUUCCUACUGCGGCGACAAUCCCCUGGUACCAUGCACAGCUCCCUUCGAGCCUGACAAGCCGUGCGCCUAUCACAUCUGCUUCAAGCUCUGCGAGUGGACCUACGAGCAUUUCGUGUAUGCGCGAUAUGACUUCCACAGCCAGACAGCGUUGGUCGUGACUGCUGGAACCUCUAAUGAGGAACAGAUGCAGCAACUUGUGGCUCAGUUCUAUAGUCAGGGACAAGUGACCCCAUUCGCGAUCCUGCACUCCCUCGCGUGUGUCUGGGCUCGAGAAGUCGAACAAGAGCGUUGGGAGCUAGACUUCGCCGUCCAGAAGUUCGAGUCUUCGACCGGAGUCUCCUCGCUCCGUUUCCACGGCAUCAAACCCCUGCCUCGCGAGAAGCUGCGUCUCAGGACAGACAUGGCGGCGACGCAAGACUCACUCCGGUGUACCAAACGCGCGUCCGUACACACGGGCGAACUGUUCCAGUUCCUGAAGGAGUCCCUCUGGCGAUUCGAAGAGGUCCGGUCCCAACACGAGUCGCAUAUUCCGUCGAGACGACACGCCCAACAGCUAGCCGAUGCGCUCGACCUGCGUGUGAGCCAGCAGCACAACCAGGCAGCCCAGAUCACGGACCUGAUGGCGCGCAUCACGGCGCAGUGGAACGUGGUCAACGCCGUCAUCUCGCACUACAACAACGACCUGAACAUCGACAUGGCGCGGGACUCCCGCGAGGACAGCGUGCUCAUGCGGCGGAUCGCCUUCGUCACCAUCGUCUUCCUGCCGGCCACCUUCAUGGCCACCUUCUUCAGCAUGGGCUUCUUCCAGGUCGCGGGGGACGAGGGCGACCUGAGCGUCAGCCGCUGGAUCUGGCUGUACGUCGUGUGCACGCUGCCGCUCACGGUUCUGCUGGCUUGGCAGUAUGCGCCUUCGCGCGAACUGAUACGGCGGCUCUCGGCUCCUUGGAACCGGUGGCGGAAAGUCAAGGUGGCAGAUGGAGAUGUUUCAAAGGCCUGA